UCCUGUCCCAGCUCCAGGAGCCGCUACCCUCUCGGAAGGCAGGCGGUGAGCCCUCAUCAGUCCUCCUUCCAGACUGCUUUCCUUAAGCUUUGGUUUGACAGGAUUGGCAAUGGUACAUUUGGGGACAUCAGAGAAGGUGGCGAGCCUUCUGUUUCUAGAGAAUCCCUGUGGAUUGGCUUGGGAUUGAUGGAAGCUAAGUUAAGCAGAGAUUGCUCAACUCUGGGAGAACGCGGCUGUCAUGCUGACCCGACCAUGAUCAGAGUGCGCCAGACGGGGGCAGACCUUCGGUCCUCAGCGCUGGUGCCCUCCCGAGGGGCUCUCUGCCUCUUUCUCCUCCUGCUCUGCCUGCCCCCGUGCAUCUCCUGCCCCCCAAAUUGCCAGUGCUCAGAUGGCAGCGGUCUGAUGACUGUCCACUGCAGUUCCAAGAACCUCAAGGAAAUCCCCAAGGACAUUCCCAAGGAUGCUGUAUUCUUGAAGCUCGAAGCCAACCAGCUCACCCACAUCCCAAGCCACGCAUUCUCGGGUCUGACCCUCCUGCAGGAACUAGACCUAUCCCAGAACACGAUCGAGAAGCUGGACGCUGCGGCCUUCCAGGGCCUGUCGAGCAGCCUCAAGCUGCUGGACCUCUCCCACAAUCAGCUCCGGAGCCUUCCCAAGGAGGCGCUGGCCAGGUUGAAGGCCAAGAUCCGCCUGUCACACAACCCUUGGCAUUGCGAAUGCACCUUGCAGGAAAUCCUUUGGGAGGUGAAGCUGGACCCCAUGUCCGUUAAUGAGAUGGCCUGCCAGACAUCUGUGCGGGAAGAGGCCAUAGGGAAGCCACUGGUGCAAGUCCUCGACUCGGGAGCCAACUUCUGCAGCUCCCGCCGCAAGACCACAGACAUCGCCAUGUUCAUUACCAUGUUUGGCUGGUUUGCCAUGGUCAUCACCUACAUCAUACACUAUGUGCGGCAGAACCAGGAAGAUGCCAGGAAGCACCUGGAGUACCUGAAGAAGAUGUCCUCUGGCACCCUGGCCGUUGGCAGUGCCGCCAGUGUGGGCCUGGAGCUGUAG